GCUCUUGUAUUGCUGAAGUCCGUAUCUAGUUCACCCAGUCUUCCACACCAUGUGCUUCAUGCUUUGAGACCAGGAGGACCUUGGUGUUCUGAAAUGAAGAUGGAAGCAGUGAGAAAAGCAGAACUUGUUGAUUCAGAAGUUCUGUCAAAGACUUCUGAAAAGCAAGAGACUCCUCCCGAUGAAGAUGGGCCUAUAGAACUCAAGAGACAACCUCAGAAAGAAAACAUGCCCACUGCAGCAGACUCUGCAGUACUCUCUUCAAUGCCUUGCUUACUGAUGGAACUGAGGCGUAAUUCCUUGGAGUCUCAACUAGUAGCAUCUAUGGGAAAUGAUAAGCCAACAGAUGAUUGUGUUUAUGAGAGUGACUCUUCUAAUCAUUGCAUGCUUUCCCCUUCUUCCAGUGGGCAUUUGGCUGACUCAGAUACAUUGUCUUCCACAGAAGAGAAUGAGCCCUGUCAAGCUGAAGCUGCUGUAGAGGGAGAUGCUUCUGUGAUGUCUGGGGCUCCAGUUGGAAGGAAAACCAGGCGAUCUAGGUCUGAAAGCGAAACUUCGACAAUGGCUGCCAAGAAAAACCGACAGUCUAGUGAUAAGCAGAAUGGUCGAGUUACCAAGGUAAAAGGUCAUCGAAGCCAAAAGCACAAAGAAAGAAUCCGUCUCUUAAGACAGAAGCGGGAGGCAGCUGCUCGCAAGAAGUACAACCUGCUGCAGGACAGCAGUACCAGUGAUAGUGACCUGACAUGUGACUCGAGCACGAGUUCAUCAGAUGAUGAUGAUGAAGAGGUUUCAGGGAGCAGCAAGACAAUCACUGCAGAGAUACCAGAUGGACCUCCAGUUGUAGCUCAUUAUGAUGUAUCAGACACAAAUUCAGACCCAGAAGUGGUAAAUGUGGAUAAUCUUCUGGUGGCUGCAGUAGUUCAAGAGCACAGUAAUUCUUUAGGAAAUCAAGGCUCAGGACCUACCUGGAGAACGAGAGGGCUGAUAGAUGAUCUGAGUGCUGAUACAG